AUGGCCCUUGUAGCAUACAGAAACCUGCUGCGAUCAGCGCGCAUUGCUUUCCAAGGAGAUGCAAACGUCCUCUCCGCCGCGCGCGUCGAGGUCCGCAAGAACUUCGAGAGCAACCGCCACCUGCAGACCGGCACCGAAGAGUUUCAGAAGCAGAUCGCACAUGCCGAGGAAGUCGCCAAGUUUCUGAGAGAGAAUGUUGUUCAAGGAGAAGCUACAGAGGGCGACAACUAUAAGAUACGGAUACACGAACACACCGAGCGCGGAGACAACGAGGAUAUCAAAAAGAACAAGGGCAAGACUACAUUAGGGGGAACGAAAUGCUGCUCGUCCUAG